GGGGUAGGUCCGCUUACAGAAAGCCACAUCUAAUCACCUCGCUAAACGCGCAAACACACGUUCCCUGUUGCCAAAACUUUUCUUGAUCGACGAAAGCUAAACAUGGACGAGGACGACUAUACUGAGUAUUCUGAUAACAACACCUACAACAUCUCCGAGGAGUUUGCAGAGUUUGAGCUAAACAUCCCGGAGCCAUGUGGUCAGUUACUCAGCAGCAAGUUCAACAAGAUCUUCCUCCCAACGGUUUUUGGAAUAAUAUUCAUCCUCGGGAUUGUCGGCAAUGGACUGGUCAUUGCCGUCAUGGGCUACCAGAAGAAGGUCAAAACGAUGACCGACAAGUACCGGGUCCACCUCUCUGUGGCUGACCUCCUGUUCGUCCUCACGCUGCCCUUCUGGGCCGUGGACGCAGCCAAGACGUGGUACUUUGGAGGCUUCCUCUGCGUUUCGGUGCACGUGAUCUACACGCUGAACCUGUACAGCAGCGUCCUGAUCCUGGCCUUCAUCAGCUUGGACAGGUACUUGGCAAUUGUCCAUGCCACCAACAGCCAGGCCAAAAGGAAGCUGCUGGCCAACAGAGUGAUCUAUGUUGCAGUGUGGCUUCCGGCUGCCAUCCUGACUGUGCCUGACCUGGUGUUUGCCCGAGUCCAGGAUGUGAACUCCUCCAACUACUGGUUUGCGGAGGACAGCAUGGAGAGUGCCGAUUCCAGAACUAUCUGUCAGCGCAUCUACCCUAGGGAAAGCAGUCUGAUUUGGACUGUGGUUUUUCGCUUCCAGCACAUCCUGGUGGGCUUCGUCCUGCCCGGACUGGUCAUCCUCAUCUGCUACUGCAUCAUUAUCUCCAAGCUCUCCAAAGGCGCCAGGGGCCAGGUGCUGAAGAGGAAAGCUCUGAAGACCACAGUGAUCCUCAUCAUUUGCUUCUUUGGAUGCUGGCUGCCCUACUGCACCGGCAUCUUUUUGGACACGCUUAUAAUGCUGGACGUCGUGCGCACUUCUUGUGAGCUGCAGCAGGCGGUGGAGACGUGGAUCUCCAUCACCGAAGCAUUGGCCUACUUCCACUGCUGCCUUAACCCCAUCCUCUAUGCCUUCCUGGGGGUGAAGUUCAACAACACCGCCAGGAGCACGCUCACAAGUAGCAGCAAAUCAAGCCAGAAAGUGACUCUCAUGGCCAAAAAGCGCGGGCAGAUUUCUUCUGUGUCCACAGAAUCCGAGUCUUCCAGCGUUUUAUCGAGUUAACCGGCUAUUAUUGUUGGGAGUUCUUGACUUUACACUCUCAGGAGAGACUACAAAGAAAAAGCUUUAUUUUAAAGAACUUACUACAUUUUGUACACAUGUAAAAAAACAUUUGUUUCCCAAUUGUUCAUCUUCUGAAGUAGGAUUGUGUUCUGGUCAGAACUUAUUUCCCAUUCAAGAUCCAUUAUCUGUAUUAUCCCCACAGACUGUGAUACUCCACUAUGGAUCUUAUUGUUUUCCUCCACUGGUAGCUGCUUUUGCAAACCUUGUACAUAGUUCUGUUUGUAGCAUCAUUUUUGUGUGUGUGCCGCACGUAAGUUAAAUAAAUGAAAGCUAUAAUUUAUUGCUGUCGUUUACACUGGGCUUAUGCUUGAUUUAAGAAUGUUGUUUUUGUACUUGUUUUUUACUGUAAAAAAUAAAAGUGUCUUGUACUUUC